UUCUUCUCCUUUCCUUCCAUAACCACAACUAACCGUUUUCAUUUUCAGAAUGGAGUUCCUCCAUGAAAAUCUGCCCUUUCUCUGCGACUACUGGCCUUUCAUACUGACCGGCGCCGUCUGCUUGAUGGCAGCCAUCGUCCUCUUUAAGACCGCCUUGGAGCCCCCAGUGGACGAGUCAUUGCCCCCUGAACCAGAUCUUCUGGAUGAACUGGACGAGCUAGAGAGCAUGGAAGAUGAUUCUAACCCGGACGUGGUACCAGCACUGCCUGCCGACAUAAAGCACAUCCCAUUUCAAUUUUCACGGUUUCCAAUAGAAGAUUCCCAGAAGCGUUCUCAAGAGUUUUACGAUUUAAUGAACAAGAGGAGGACUGUCCGUUUUUUUAGCCCCGACCCUGUUCCUAAAGAAAUCAUUUAUAACAUCAUUCGGACAGCAGGUACUGCUCCCAGCGGUGCACACACUGAACCCUGGACCUACGUUGUCAUCUCUGAUCCAGAUAUCAAAGCCAAAGUGAGAGAAAUCGUGGAACAAGAGGAAAAAAUUAAUUACGAUCGUCGGAUGGGACCGCAAUGGGUUGCAGAUCUGAAACCAAUCAAAACUGAUUGGGUCAAGGAAUAUUUGACAACUGCUCCCUAUUUGAUUUUGGUAUUUAAACAAGUUUAUGGAAUUUCGGAAAAUGGAGAAAGAAGGACCCAUUACUACAACGAAAUGAGCGUCGCCAUUGCAGCUGGAAUAUUACUUACUGCUAUACAUAAUGCAGGAUUGGUUUCGCUAACGAGUACUCCACUCAAUUGUGGUCCUGGUCUGCGAGUUCUUCUCGGUCGCCCUAAAAACGAGAAACUGACCCUCCUCCUCCCUGUUGGCUACCCAGCGGAAGACGCUACAGUUCCAGAUCUCCCGAGAAAACCACUUGAAGAAAUAAUGGUUGAAAUUUAAUAAUCGUGAAAGUUGUCAAGAAUGUGGUGUCAUUAUAUAGAAAAACAAAAUUGGAUGUUUUUAGAUAAUAGGAGAGUGUUUUAUGUCAAGAAAUAUAUAUGCAUGAAAAUUGAUCCAAGAUUCCGGGUUAAUAACUUCAAAUGUUUCUGUUGCACUAAGUUUUACUUUGUCGGCUUUACAGCCGAAUACUUUAGGGCGUGAGAAGAUUUAAGAGAAAAAAAAUUAGUUCGGUUUAAAAUCCAAUAAUAACUACUUUAAAACAGAAGUUGAAUAUGAACUACUGUUCAUUAGACCUAUCUGUUAAUGGUGACUAACAUCAACUGCACCAGAAUGAUUUUAUAAAAAUAUGAGAACGCAUGAAAAUGGACUAAUGAUCAGAUUA